AUGACAGAACCAGUAACUAUGGAGCCAGACGAGAUAUCUCUGGCUGAAGAUCAUGCAGCCCUUGAGAGAGUCGUCCUCUCUUCCGGGCCAACCGCAAGGGUCCUUCCAUCAGCCCAGGAUUUGGAACAUGCCAGAGCGUUGCUCAUAAAGUCGCUCCCCCCGAAAGGCUUGGGCUUCGCGCAGACGAAAGAUCACCUACUAAAAGUAGUUGUUCCGGGGUUAAAUUUUGCGAGCAUCAGCCCUAACUAUUAUGGCUUUGUGACUGGCGGGGUCACUCCCGCCGCAUGGUUUGCGGAUAACGUCGUUUCUGUGUACGAUCAAAACGUCCAGGUGCACAUCCCGGAUCAUUCUGUGGCUACAGAUGUGGAACAUCGGGCAUUGAAAUUGCUCUUGGACUUAUUUCAGCUGGACGAAAAAGUUUGGGCGCAUACAACAGUUACUUCUGGUGCCACGGCUAGCAAUGUGCUGGGAUUGGCUUGUGGGAGAGAGUUUGUGCUGUGCGCAGCAGCGGAGAGGAACGGGGUUGACUGCAAAAGCGUUGGAGAAUAUGGCAUUGUCGAAGUCUUGCGAGCGUCUGGCUUGAAGGGACUACAAGUGCUCUCGACUUUGCCGCAUUCAUCUUUGGGAAAAGCCGCUGGGAUCUUAGGAAUCGGCCGUGCAAAUGUCAAAAGCAUAUGCGCAAAUCAGAAUCCACUUCGAUUCGAUUUGGAACGACUGGAGAUGGAACUAGCUCUUCCUGGAAUGGCUAGUAUCGUUGCUAUUUCUUGCGGCGAAGUGAAUACCGGUCGCUUUGCAACCGGGGGGAUCGAAGAGUUCCAAAAGAUUCGUGCUCUUUGUGACAAGUAUAAUGCAUGGCUGCAUGUAGAUGGGGCCUUUGGAAUAUUCGGUCGUAUCCUUUCCCACGUCAGUGAUUCUAAGGAGUUCGACUCUAUUCGAAAGGGUUGCGAGGGCCUGGAGUUAGCAGACUCAAUCACUGCCGACGGUCAUAAGCUGCUCAAUGUUCCCUAUGAUUGUGGAAUCUUCUUCUCUCGAUAUGCCAAAACCGCCCAGGAUGUCUUUCGAAAUCCAAAUGCUGCGUAUCUGGCUACUUCCGCGGCGGCUGACACGGUGAUAUCACCGAACAGUAUUGGCAUCGAGAAUUCGAGACGUUUUCGAGCGCUACCUGUCUAUGCUACUCUAAUCGCAUACGGCCGAAACGGAUAUCGGGCCAUGCUGGAGAAACAAAUUAGGCUUGCCCGCCGUAUCGCAACCUGGAUAUUUGAUCAGCCAGAAUAUGCCGUUCUUCCUAGAGUUUCAUCCAAGGAUGAAUUGCUGGAGAACACAUUUAUGGUUGUUCUGUUUAGUGCAAACAAUGAUGAUCUUAACGCGGAGUUGGUGAAUAAAAUCAACAGCACUUCACAGAUAUACGUGUCUGGGACAAGUUGGGAUGGAAGACCAGCGUGCCGAAUUGCGAUUUCGAAUUACAAAGUCGAUGUAGAGAGAGAUUUUGCAAGGGUAAUGGGAGUCCUGCAAAACCUUGUCAAAUAA